AUGGAGUUGGAAUGUACCAUGGACGAGCAGGACGUUGUGGUACUGGAUACAGGCUCCGGCUUUCUCAAGGUGGGCUUCUCCGGCGAAGAUGCACCUCGGGCAGUGCUUCCAACUGCCAUGGCAACUGCCACGGCAGAUGAAUCCAGGGAGGACGAAGCUGCCGCAACAGGUGACUCUGCGGCACAGAAGAAGAGCCAGGUCUUCUAUGGUGAGGAGGCCAUCCUACAGGACAACGCUCAAAUCACGCGUCCGGUGCAGCGCGGUGAGAUACAACUCACACAGCCGGAGAAGGAAGCCAUGGAGAACCUCCUCGAGCACGUUUUUCGGAAUGUGCUGGGUGUCGAGCAGGAGGACUUGCCCUGUCUCAUUGCCGACACCAUGCCCCUGGGUCAAAGUUCCUAUGCGACACGUCAAUGGAUAGCAGAGGUCAUGUUCGAGAAGAUCAAGGUAAAGUCCUUGGCCAUCUUCAACACGGCAGCCCUCAGCUUAUUCUCGACGGGUCGUACCCGAGGACUGGUUCUGGAGAGUGGCGAGGGCAUCACUCAGGCCGUCCCUGUUUUCGAGGGCUACGCGAUACCGCACGCGAUCUUCAAGAUGAAGGUCGCUGGGCACGACAUCACACAGCGAUUGCAAGACAUGAUGGCCGAAGAGCUUGGUACAAAGCAGAGCCUUCGCACCAUGCAGGCCAUGAAGGAGAAGGUCUGCUUCGUGGCGCCGUCUGGGAGCGGUGGCGUCCCGGCUGAUGCGCCAGAUAGUGGCGACGAGGAAGCCAGGUCUUUCGAGCUGCCAGAUGGUCAGAUCAUCCAGGUCAAAGAGAAGAUCCGGACGGGGGCCACGGAGAUCCUUUUUGGCGGCGCGGGCGAGGCCUCCAUGCAGAAGAUCUGCCUGGAUGCCAUCAACACGGUGGACUUGGAUUUCCGACAGGACCUGGUCAAGAGCGUCGUGGUAGCAGGUGGCACCUCGAUGCUGCUGAACUUGGCGCCCAGACUGAGGUCGGAGCUCAAGAGCACGCUGGCCUCAGAACUCUCCAAGACGGUGGAGGUCAUCAGCGACUCGCAGCGGCGCUUCGCGGCCUGGAUUGGCGGCUCCAUGUUUGCGUCCUUGUCCACCUUCGACCAGGUCGCCAUCACCAAGCAGGAGUACGAGGAGGGGAAGUCCGACGUUCGAGGCCUUGUAGCACGGAAGACCUUCUGA